AUGGCUUCAUCCGGGUUUAGUGUCACAGCACCUCCUAUUUUUUCAGGAGAAAAUUAUGCUAUAUGGGCUGUGAAGAUGAAAGCCUAUCUUAGGGCUUUUGAUUUAUGGGAGAUUGUGGAGAUGGGAGGUGACUCUUCGGUGAUGAGACAUGUUAAUCUCACUGUUGCUCAAAUUAAACAGCAUAGUGAGGAUGUAGCAAGGAGAUAUAAGGCACUUUCUUGCAUCCAAUCUGUUGUGUCAGAUGCCAUUUUCACAAGAAUUAUGACUUGUGAUAGCCCAAAGGAAGCAUGGGAUCGACUCAAGGAUGAGUUCCAUGGAAGUGAGAGGACAAGACAGAUGCAAGCUCUCAAUCUGCACAGGGAGUUUGAGAUUCUGAGGAUGAAGGAUGAUGAAACAAUCAAGGAAUAUUCAGACAAGAUUAUGAAGCUUGUCAAUCAAUUAAGACUACUUGGAGAGGACUUAGCUGAACGGAGAAUUGUUAACAAGGUUCUUGUAAGUCUUUCAAAGAAAUUUGAAGCUAAAAUAUCGUCUUUGGAAGACUCAAAGGACCUCUCUCAACUCACUGUUACAGAAUUGGUAAAUGCCUUACAAGCCCAAGAGCAAAAAAGGGCUAUAAGGCAUGAGAAUAAUGUGGAAGGAGCUCUAUUGGUUAAGAAUAAAAGCAAGAAUCCAAGUAGUAGCAGUAGAAGAAAUGAAGAUGUGAGAUGCAGGUUUUGUAAUCAGUUGGGUCACAUAGAAAAAGUUUGCAAAGCCAAAGGAACCCGAGGAGAAGAAAAGGCAAUUGUAGUUGAAGAAAAUGAGGCUGUAGAGGAAGCACUAUUUAUGAUCAAAAACACUGAUUUGAGAUAG